AUGGCUCCUGCUCGCAAGAAGGCACGUGGGGGCGGCUCUGUCGGUGUGGGCCCGACUGAUGUCACACCAACAAGCGUGGCGCAGGUUGGGGCAUUUCAGAAAGACGUGGCCCUUUGCGUGGAACUCAUGUACAGCUUGAGACAUGGAGGUGGACCGCAGGGAAAGCGAAGCUUUGAUGACAUGACAGGCGAGGGUGGCGAGUACGAGUUCCCCCUGUGCAAAGGGGGAACCUUCAUCGACAUCGCCCAACGCGCUCAGUCUACAACUUGGAUUCAAGAGGAGAGCGCGAAGAUGUUGCACGCUGCAGGUUUCCUCGAUUCAGAGGGCCCACAUGAGCUGAUCUCUAAAUAUGUCAUUUCCUAUGCGAAAAGCAUUGCGCUUACCAGAUUCAAGGAGGCUGGCCUGACUCAGAAUGCACAAGGUUCUGAUUGUAAGAUGCUGGGUCAGGUACAGCCUGUGUCGAGCUUUGCUUGGAGUGCCAUCCUCAAGACGGUUGCCUGUGAUGAUGCAUCUGUCAGCUUCGAAGAGGAGGCCUAUGCUCGGGUUGUCUCAGUCGCGAAGAUGGAUUUGAUGAUGAGCAAACUCUCCAAGUUCAAGAGUGCGGUUGCUGCAGACUCUGGCCUGAGCUUGGAGGAUGUGGCAGUGUUGGGAUGGGGUGACCUGAACAAGGGCGCGAAGCGGCUGGAGAUGCUCUUAGAGCCUGCCUUGCGACAUUGCAAGGUGCAAUGCGUCAUCAUUUGCAACCUCACUGGCUACGUGGAGGAGCUGGCCGUGGCUGUGAUGAACCUCCGCCUCAAGAAAAGCUUUGGCGAGGGCAGCCACUUGAACCCAGAGAAAUUGUAUUAUCCCAGCGUGCAUUCCUUGGAUGGCGUAGAGGGCUUCAAGUAUGCCCGUGAUCGGGUCUACAGGGAUCUACUAGACUUGUGGCUGGAGAAGAAGAUCAGCUACGCUGGAAUUACUUUUUCCGAGACAGACGAGGUUUUGAGUGAGGAGGAGAGGGAGAAGAAGGACAUUGAAGGGCUCAAGUAUCUGGACGCGCCAGAAGGCAUGGACUUGCAGGUCUUGGCAGAGGUGAAGAUUCUUGAGAGCUUGGAGUCCUUGAAGGGGGCCGAGGAGAUUUUGGUGAGGUAUGUUCCUGUCGAGCCUGGAGCGUCGGCAGAAGAGGAGGGCAAGUACCCAGGCUUGGAUUGGGAAGAUGGCGACAAGACGACCAUACAAGUAGACAUGUCAUCGCUUCAGCCCGAGUCCACAGCCCAGGAGACCAUGACCAUAUACAAGUAUUUGCUGAUGUUGGAGAGAACUAAGAAAGUGACAGAGUACAGCUUGAGCUACAGCGUACGCACUCGCAGGGCGACUUCAGGAGCGGACGGUUUCGACAUUGCGGCAAAAAACAAGCACACGUACAAGACUCUUCCUGAUCUCAGCAAGCCACUGACGUGCAAGAGUGUCUUUCACGACUGUGCUCCAAGGGUGAAGGCAAGCAAAGCCUGCCUCACCGUUUUCCGAUUUCGGUAUGACCGUGUUCAUGCAGUGGCAAAAGUCCAAAAGCCGUACAUCUUUUCCAAGGUAGCGCUCACCUUAGAGCCUGGCAAGCCAGUGGA